CCUUUACAAAGGCUUCGAUUUGAGCAGAGGAAAAUAUUGAUAUGUUAUCGUGACCAGUUGAAGACAGCUCAAAUCCGAAAGGCCAAGGGCUUAGACAAGGGCCCCCAUGCUGACUGUAGCCAUCGUAGCUUGCUUGAUAUGAGAGAACUUACACAGUUGAACAGCCUGUUUAAGAACAGCAGCUUGACCGCAUUCCAGCGCAUGUGUCCGACGGCGCCGCGGUACAGAACAGACUAUCCCGGGCUUAAGGGAUACAUCGUGCAAGAAAUGGGCAAUAUAGCUUCCAACGAGCGUGUUCAGUCCAGCGAGCGAAGAGCAUCCGAGCAUUGGAUCUCGAUUCCUCCCGAUGCGCAGACUCCGAGCUGCGUCGUCUGCAGCUCCUGUGGGACCUCGCCAAUAUCCGAGUUUUCUUCGAACCAACCCCCAGUACCACAUCAGACUCUUAUACCAGAUGAGGCAUAGAUAGAGGACAGA